AUGACGGAGCAGUCACCGCAACCGAGCCAUGAGUUGGCGCGCGAUACCGAUUCCCAACAGCCGGAACAUGAGCCACCAGUAGACGCCAACGAAACGUUCCCGCCCGUAGAAAACAAAGCUCUCGAGGAUGUUGCACGCGAGACAGGUGGUGAAUCAAGAGGUGCGAUGGGCAAGGAAGGGAUUACCGAGGCAAGAGACGUAAAGAAUGAGGAAAGCAAUGAUAAAAAGUCGGGGCAUGAUGAAAACAAUGGAGAAGAGGAGGAAGACGAUGACGAUGACGACGAUGACGAUGACGAUGAAGAUGAAGAGGACGAUGAUGAAGACGAAGAGGAUGAGGAACCAAGACUCAAAUAUGCUCGGUUAACUCAACACCUUAAUGGAGUGUAUCGAAACGGCGAUGCAACUAGCGCGUUUCUUGUCGCGGGAGAUAAAAUGAUAGUUGGAACGCAUAAUGGCAAUAUCCACAUUGUUCAGCUCCCCAUGUUCCAAUCCAUGAGAGUAUACCAUGCGCACUCGGCCUCAGUUACCUCUAUAUCGAUAUCUCCGUACCCUCCUCCAUUGCCAACCGAGAAGAAGUCAGAGGCAGCGCCAAGGCAUACGACAUCCAGCAACGCUACUGUCUCUUCUGGUCGCCAGGCCGAUGCAUCUCCGGCGGCAGCUUCCAGAAGACCCCGCGAAGCGUCACAAAUACCUAGGACGCCGUCUAACGAUAUUUAUGUAGCGACUUCCUCUUUGGAUGGCAACGUAUGUGUGCAGUCUCUCAUUGAUAUGAAAGAUGUCCAGUUACGAAACUUUGCCCGGCCCGUCCAAGCUGUGGCUCUGUCGCCAGAAUUCAAGACAGAUCGUACCUAUUUGUCAGGAGGACUUGCUGGCCAGCUCAUUCUUACCGCCGGAGGUGGUCCGGGUCGCAGUACCUCGACAACAACUGGGACUGCUGCGGCCACAGCUUCCGGCUGGCUGGGCAGUAUGGGACUUGGCGGCAAUAGUGGCAAAGACACUAUCUUACACUCUGGCGAAGGAACUAUCAGCACUAUUAAAUGGUCCUUGUCUGGGAAAUACGUGGUCUGGCUCAACGAACAUGGAAUCAAAAUUAUGCGGUCAAAGCUCCACCUCGAGAACGCAGACACAGAAGAUGCAUGGAAACGAGUUGGGCACAUUGAUCGCCCACAAACUGAUGAAUGGGAAACCAUGGCAAGUGUGUGGAAAGGCCGCGUUGAAUGGAUCGAUGAACAAGCUGUUGAAGUGGAUGAAUUUGACCAGAGCACUGCUGAUAAAGAGAUAUCUCCUACUGCACACAAGCUCAGAGAACAGGCUGCAAUGGGCAAGAAGAGUAUUGAGCGGUUGCUUGUAGGUUGGGGUGGGACGAUAUGGAUCAUACACGUCCAUCCAGGAGGCGUCGGAGUCGGCCGACACGCCGGCGAGAAGACUAUUGGGCGAGCUGAAAUUGUUAAAAUACUUCGGAUGGAUUGCAUCAUUUCCGGUAUUUCGUUAUAUACCCACAACCUUUUGUUAGUACUUGCGUAUUGCUUGCCUGAUAACGAGGACGAGGAUGAGGAUUCCGGAUCGGUUUCAAACUCGCCAGACAAAAAGCAUAAAUCCAAUCCUUCAACAGGAAGCGAGCCCUCUGGCGGUGUUCGCCGUCGUCAGAAUAACCAGCCACCUGAACUCCGCCUUAUCGAUCUUAACUCCCAGGCCGAAGCCGACAAAGACAGCCUGAGCGUCAGUCGUUAUGAGAGGUUGUCAUCGGGUGAUUACCACUUAGGCGUAUUGCCUGCACGCAAUGCUGCGUCUGCAAUCGCUUCAUCUCGGGGCGCUCUGGAGGCGAUAGCUGGGAUCGGCACAGAUAUGUGGAAUGCGGCCAUCAACCCUCGCUCCCUAUUCAGCUCCGGAGCUAGCAUUCGUAGCCGAGGGAGCGGUGAUGAUUCUAGUCUCAUAGGGAGUACGGCAGGAACGAUUCGACCCGGGACCAAUCAAAGACUUUCCCCCGGCGUCCAUUCUGGUCUUGUCAAACCAGGCGUGAAGAUCUUCAUACAUAGUCCGUAUGACUGCAUCCUCGCGACCAGACGAGAUCUGAGUGAUCAUUUAGGAUGGCUUCUAGAGCGCCAGGACUACCAGCGUGCCUGGGAGUUACUCGAUGAACACCCGGAGAUCAUGGCACCGCUAAACGAAAGGGCUAAUGAUGGUACUCCUUCAACUCCAACACUGAACCAAGAGCCUAGUGACGAUUUCAAUGAUGAUGAAUCUGUCGUCGAUUCGCAACUGCGAGAUUUUUAUUCUUCGGCAGAGCGAGAGAAAAGGCGUAUUGGAGAACUCUGGAUACAGGAGCUCAUUGAAGAGAACAACUGGGCAUCUGCUGGUCAAGUGUGUGGUCAGGUGCUCAAGACGCCUGACAGAUGGGAGAAAUGGGUUUGGACAUUUGCUGGUGCGAAGAAGUUCGAUGCUAUUACGGACUACAUUCCUACAGAGCCCAUGCAUCCGCCCCUUCCUUCGACUAUUUAUGAAGUUGUACUUGGCCAUUAUAUUCAAAACGACAAACCGAGGUUUAGGGAGCUUUUGGAUCGUUGGUCACCUGAGCUUUUCGACAUAAAAACAAUUACAACUGCGCUGGAGAAUCAGCUCAAGUAUCGAGACGUGCUAGAAAGCUUGGCAAGGCUACACGAGGCCAACGGACGACAUCGCGAGGCUCUCAAAUGCUACAUCAAGCUCCAUGAUGCGGAUUCGGCUUUUAGGUUGAUUAGAGACAACCACCUUGCAGAAGCUGUUGAAGACGAUAUUCCAAGCUUCAUUGGCCUCAGAGUUCCACCAGGUAAAGUUAAUGAAAUGACAGCAGAGGAGCUAGAUGAAGCGACAUCAGAAGCAAUCACACUGCUCGUUGAUGAAGCUCAGCAUGGUCUGCUGCGCCCUGAUAUUGUGGUGGAGCAACUACUCUCGAAGAAGCUCAACCUGUACAUAUACUUCUAUUUUCGAGGUUUAUGGAAGGGCGAUGGUAUACAGGAGCAUAGUGGAGAGAAUGUGGACCGGCUGGUGAUGGACAGUCAAUCUCUGGUUGACAACUUCGCGGAUUUGGCUGUCCAUCUGUUUGCGACCUUCGACCGGGCGUUGCUCAUGCAAUACCUGAAGACUUCAGUCUCCUAUACAUUUGAAAAGGCUGUUCAAGAGUGUGAGACGUUCUCAUACUACGACGAGCUCGUGUUUCUAUACUCUAAAACGGGCCAAAUGAAACGAGCUCUCUACCUCAUCAUCGAUCGUCUAAAGAAUGUUCACAAAGCAAUCGAGUUUGCUAAAGAACAGGACGACCCUGACCUGUGGGAAGACCUCCUUAAAUAUAGCAUGGACAAGCCCAGCUUCAUUCGAGGUCUGCUUGAGCAAGUCGGUACGGCCAUCAACCCAAUUACUGUAGUGCAGCGAAUUCCCGAGGGACUUGAGAUUGAGGGUCUCAGGGAAGGGCUUACGCACAUGAUGAAGGAACACGAGAUCCAGUACAGCAUUAGCUCGGGCGUUGCACGAGUCCUUCGCAGUGAGGUUGCCACGGCGCAGAACGAGCUUCGAGCUGGUCAGCGUAAGGGUAUCAAGUUCGAAGUAGUUAUUCAGGAACAGGAACAUGUGGACAUACAAGUUAAGGAUGUUUCCACGGACCCCGACAAUCCAGAACCCAACAUUUCUCACCCAUCUACGGCUCAUGAUCACAGAGUGCCGAAACCGGGACACUGCGCAAGGUGUCAUGAGCCAUUUACAGAGUUCGAGAUGGAAACAUUAGUUGGAUAUGCUUGCGGGCAUGUUUUCCACGUGAGUCAUCUCUUGGAGAUGUUGCAUGGGAACAAGAAAGUGGAUGUUGAUUUAGGCAAUGGCUCUGAGGAUGCAAGUCGGUACUCCAUAGGCAUGAAGGUGAUGAGGGCGCGAUUACUGAAGGAUAAGAUGAAAGGGGGCUGCCCUGUAUGUCAUGUCAAAGAGUAA